GCCCCGAGCUCCAGUUGGCGCUGCUGGCCCGGCCUGGGCGGGGCUGCUCCCGGAGCCCACACGAGGCCCGUGACCGGAGGUGGGCGGUGAGGUGGAGCCGUUUCCUCCGGCGGCGGCGCUGGAGUUCGGCCUGGAGCGGUCUAAGGCUUCCCAAGGUGUGUUCCAGGAGGAGCUGGAGUGGUGCAUUUCACAACUGGAGGCAGAUCUCCACCUCACUCCACACCCCAAAAGAGCAGAAGAGACCCAACACAUUUUCAAGGUACUGCGUUCACCUGAGACUGCUCUUUCAGAGAAGCAACAAGUGAGCAAUGUGUUUGGAGAUUGUCAUCUCAAGAUGGAUGAGGGUCAGAAGAUUAUGGAGAAAGGCAUGAACCCUGAUGUUGUACAAGUACAGCCAAGCAAGAGGCAGGCUACAGAUGGUGUGAAACAGUCUGACCCAACCUCUGAGGCAAAGCCAGAGUUGUUCACAUCAUCUGGCAGCAGGUUCCAGUUUGAUUUUACACUUUCUGAGACCGACCCAGAAGCUGACCCUGGUGACAGUGUUGCUGAGCAUGUACAAAACAAUGUCAGAGCCACCAAGCAGGAGAACUGGAAUGGAGCCUUGAUGUUUGCUGCCUCUGGGCAAGAACCCAAGUUUGCUUUCAACUUUGCCAUCACAGAUGAAGACUGUCCUCAUCUUCAGUUACUUCCAGCAAGCCAACAUACAGAGCACAUAGCAGAUCCUUCACUGCCUGCUGAAUCAGCAGCUCUGCCACAGGCUACAGCCUUGCAGGAGCCUGAGGUGACUCAAGUGACUGGGAAUGCAUCCAAAGAGGAUAGAAGCCAUGCCACAUCAAAGAUCCCCGAAACAGAGACAGCCCCUGCAGAUAAGGCAGUGACAGAGAAAUCGACAGGAGGUGGAGCUGCCCAGAAGAAGAAAAAGAAGAAACAAAAACCACCUGUCAGUAGAAACAAAACAGAAGAAACUGAGACCAACAGGAAGGCAAUGGCAGAAGCUAACAGCUGUCAAAAUACAGAUACUUCCCAUCAGGAUGAGAAGACCUCUCAGUCAGAUGAGCAGCUGCAGAAAGAGGUGGACUGGUGUGUGAACCAGCUGGAACUUGGCUUGAAGACACAGAAACCCACUCCAAAGCAGGCUGAGGAGGCUCUCAGGGCAAUCAGGACACUGCGCAGUGACAAAGCUCCACUGGUGAAGAAGCGUCAGCUCAUGAGAGCCAUGUUUGGAGACUACAGGAAAAAGAUGCAGGAGGAGCUGUGCAGAGAGCUGAAGCUUAUGGAAACAGCUGCAAAAUCUGCCGGGAUUGUGGAAUUGAAGGGAAGCAUCUGCAAGAAAAAUGGCCGGUUCAUCCGGAAGUGCUUGGGAGCUUGCAGGAAAAGCCAAGGUUCAGCAGAAUCCCCUUCAGAGUCACAUGGGACACUUAACAGAGGUUUAUUCAAUUGCACAACUCCCCAAGAAUUUCACUUUAAUUUCUUCUAGAAAAGUCACUUUGACUAAAACUGGGCCAGGUCUCCUGUAAACUGAAGAACAGUGGAAAGACACUAUGCAAUAGGAAAUGUAAUGCAUGAAUCUCUGGAUCCUCUUCCAGGGUGCCUUAACUAGAAGUUUAAACCAGACCUGCCUACUAUGCAUAUGACUCUAAAACUCAGCCUACAUUACUGCUCUUCUGUGCUCACACUGGAGAGAGGCACCUUUGAAAGGGUCAGCAGUGUGGAAGGAUCUGCUUUCUUUCCUGUAGAAUUGACAUUAACUGUAGAAUCUGUCUUUUAUAUGAGAUUUUCCCUUUCUCCUGUUGCUUUUAAAUAGAGCAGUGCCUUUCUAGCAGCUGAGGAUGCAUACAGCAGGGGAUGGUUUGGAAUCAAGAUCCAGCAGUGGAUAGCUGGAUGCUUCCACUCUGAGUCUGUGUGAAUGCAGUGUCUGGCAUCCAGCAAACACCAGCAGUGUGUCGUCCCUGACAUGGAAGUGCAUGAGCUCACGGUCUUUGAGGGAAAGUGAGUGAGAACUAUUUUUGCUCAUUCAUCUCUUUCACUGACAGGUAUAGUGAAGUAGAAAAAAAUGCACAUAAUUAUUUAAUCCAGCCUAGGGAUGUAAGGACAGUUGUUUCUAGAAAAACAGGGAAAAUUUUUGUUGCUGAAGCUAGGUUCUGGACAGCUAGGAAGGAUAUGCAAUCAGCUCUUAAAUAAAGUUUCCUUUAUAAGUUCAGUUACAACUACUAGUGCAUCAGAGGGAAAAUUAGCUGCAUGUUAGCCUUGGGUAGUGGUAAAAUCAAAUGUCAUAGCCAAAGACUCUGUUCCAUUUGAUUUGUAUUAAAUUUUGGCUUUUUGAA